GGUGCGUGCGAAACGCAGGGUGAAAUCAACAAUGCCCAGAAACGCACAGGUGACCGUGCGCUUUGGCCCGUAUGAGUCCAGCGGGCUAGUGGCGCACAGGACUUUCCGUCUGCAGGGGCUCCAGGCUGCAUUGAGAGAAGGUGGGCAUCAGUGUGUCUUGGAGGAAACGCAUGAGUGGAACACAGUGGAGCUCGUGGUCAACGGGGAGAGCGUCUACACCUGUGAUAUAAAGCAACUGCAGUUUGGUGGAGAUGGUAAACUGGAUCCUCUUUGCAAAGAAGCUGUGGUUGCUGUGGAGAAUGCUUACUGAAGAUAUGAAGCUGG